GCCCUGUGAUCCCAGAACACAACAUGCCCCCCUCUCUUCUCCUACACAGUACAGGCUUUUGUCACAUAUCAGUUACUAGUCCAAACACUCAGUUUAACAGAUGGGAUUUGGUUGUAACUUUGUGCAGCAUUGAAGUUGAACGCCAUGGCAAUCAGGUUCCAUGCAUUCCUUAGCAAAUCACACAGACAUCUUCUUUCCAUUAGUCCAAAACGUUUCAAGGAGAAAGACAAAAAAAUCUUUAGUUAACAUUACUUUAAAAAGACCUUCAGAAGCAAUUACAUUAGAUGAAAAAAGGGGUCCACCAGUGCCCUACACUCCAUUAGCACUACAUGCUCUCCUUCCUGACCAGAGCUCUUGAACAAAUGCUCUUUUUUCUAGCUUCUCCCUCAAAGAGACGAAGAAAAAGCACGAGUUAAAUUUCAGAUUACAUGCUUCUAUGUAACUAGCAAGUGACGAUCUGUUGCUUCCCUUGAGAUGCCUACAAAAAGAAAAGGACCCAUACUCGCAGCUUGUCAAUUUCAACAUCUGAUCACAUGACCAGCACCUCCCUGCUUAAGGAUGGGGAUAGAUUUCCACGUCAGCUUACGUCUUCAAAUUUCUACUUCACGGAUCUGCUUCAAAGAGGCAGCUGCAUUAGAGAAUCAUGUUAAGCUCGGCUAAUGCGGACAGCCCGAGGUAGCCUAAUGAUGGAUUUUGAUGAGCGUGUUCCUUGUUCCUCUAACAUGUAUUUGCCAAGUUGCACUUACUACGUCUCGGGUCCUGAUUUUUCCAGCCUCCCUUCAUUUCUACCCCAAACCCCAUCUUCUCGUAACAUGACAUAUUCUUAUUCUUCAAACCUACCCCAGGUUCAACCAGUGAGAGAGGUUACGUUCAGGGAAUAUGCCAUUGACACCUCUAGUAAAUGGCACCACAGGAAUAAUCUGCCCCACUGCUAUUCAGCGGAGGAAAUCAUGCACAGAGACUGCCUUCCUGCCUCCAAUGCUGCUACCAUGGGGGAAAUGUUCGGGAAAAAUGCCUCUAACGUCUACCACCAUAAUGCCAACGUAUCCUCCAAUUUCUAUAGCACGGUGGGCAGGAAUGGAGUCCUACCACAAGCCUUUGAUCAGUUCUUUGAGACAGCCUAUGGCACUACGGAAAGUCAGCCCUCCGACUACUCUGUGGACAAGAACUGCGACAAGGUCCAAGGAACUGCAUCCACAACUUCAAGUUCGGAGCCCUGCAGGGACCCAGAGGAGAAGGAGAGGAGAACAGAGAGCAGCAGCAGCUCCCAGUCUUCUUCAGGCAACAAUGAGGACAAAGCCAGCAGCUCCAGUGGACAGCGUACCCGUAAAAAGAGAUGCCCAUACACUAAAUAUCAAAUUAGAGAACUGGAAAGGGAGUUUUUCUUCAGCGUUUAUAUCAAUAAAGAGAAGCGCCUACAACUUUCACGAAUGCUGAAUUUAACCGACAGACAGGUCAAAAUUUGGUUCCAAAAUAGGCGAAUGAAAGAGAAAAAAAUUAACAGGGACCGACUGCAGUAUUAUACUGCUAAUCCAUUGCUAUGAGACUACAUUCCACAUAUCAUAUCUGUUACGUGCUUUGCUCACUAAAAGGUCAAGUCACAAGGUUACAUAUAUUUGUCAAGGUGAAGCUCCAAAAAAAAUUGGAAAUAAUAUUUCCCCUCGAAACCUCCUACUGUUUGGACUUCAAAUGAUUCUAGAUGCCUGUAAUUAGAGAAAAGGACAAUAGUGGUGGUUAAAAUAUCCAUUAUACCUUGUAUUUCCAGGCAAUAUGUUAUGAGUGCGGCUCAUACCAAUGAAUUAUAAAGAACUUAUAGUUGUCAACAUAACAAAAUGCAUUGUAUGUUGUGUUGAAUGUUCCGAGGACCAGAAAAUGCUAUUAAACUUUGGUUAUUAUGACGUUCCUAAGGAUAUCAUCUGCUAAAUCAAGAAUUCCUUUUGGCAACUACAUGAUAUAAAUGCAAUGGAAAAACAAUGCACAUUUUGCAAGUGUUGUUUUAAUGGGCUUUAAAAUUGAAUUUUUUAAUGAACAGGGUUCUUGCGGAGGGGAAUUUUGGUGAUUGUUGUAAUUUCAGAUCUCUCAAGUCAUCUGAUUAGUUCGUACCUACCAAUUAUUUGCUAUCAAGAUCUCCAGUCAAAACCCAGCACUUUGUUUGCUAUUCUAAAUCCCUGCGUGGGACAUACAUGCCAGAGUCACAGUUUUUGAAAGACAAAACAUUUCACCAUUUGUUACCUGCUUUAGACAACAAGACAGCCAGACGGUGAUAAAGGAAUUUACAAAUAAAUAAUAAAUAUAUAUCUUUUUCCAUACCAAAUGACAUCAGAACUGAAUAUCGCCUCAGUGUGCACAUGUUUGUUCAUAUUAUUUCGUCGACAUAUAUAUAUAUAUA